AGUUAAUGUUAUCAAUUCCCUUUUCUUUUCAUACAAAUACCAUAAAAACUUCUUCACAAAAUCAGAACCCCGGAAAUCACUCUUAAUCAGCAACAACGCUAGCCGACAAAAAUUCCUUCAUCCAUCUUUGUGUACUUUCUAUCUUUGCCUAUUCUCUAAUUCUCUCUCUCUCUCCCUCCCCAUAUACCAAAGUUUUCAAAAAUUUUCUGAACAACCAAACAGAAUUUCAUUCAAAUUCAUAAGCCAAAAAGACACAAACAUCAUAUAGUCCAAACAGAUUAUAACUAUAGGCCAAAUCUUUACCAUGCAGUUCAGGACAAACUAAGUCUUCCUUAUUUUGUACAUCUUUGUUUUUGUCUUUUAUACAUUGAAAUGGGGUCUGCAACAUCUUCAAUGGCUGCAAAAUUUGCAUUUUUCCCACCCGACCCUCCUUCAUAUAACUUGUAUCUGGAUGAAUCAACAGGCAAGAUGAGGAUGUCAGAUGUUCAUCCUAGAGAGGAUGUUGAUGUUAUGAAGUUGAUCACCAAGAAAGGGAAUGAGAUAGUGGCUAUGUACGUUAAAAACCCUUCAGCUUCACUAACACUGCUUUAUUCUCAUGGAAAUGCUGCUGAUCUUGGUCAGAUGUAUCACAUUUUCACUGAGCUUAGUCUUCAAUUGGGUGUUAAUCUUAUGGGGUAUGAUUAUUCUGGCUAUGGACAAUCUAAUGGAAAGCCAAGUGAGCAGGACACCUAUGCAGACAUAGAGGCUGCGUAUAAAUGUCUCGAAGAAACAUAUGGUGUGAGAGAGGAAGACAUUAUAUUGUAUGGGCAGUCAGUUGGAAGUGGACCUGCUUUGGAGUUAGCUAUUCGAUUGCCUCACUUGAGAGCUGUAGUCCUGCAUAGUCCAAUCUUGUCUGGCCUUCGAGUUAUGUAUCCUGUCAAGCGAACAUUCUGGUUCGACAUUUAUAAGAAUAUCGACAAAAUUCCACUCGUCAACUGUCCAGUUUUGGUAAUUCAUGGAACUGAAGAUGAAAUUGUAGAUUUCUCUCAUGGUAAGCAGCUAUGGGAGCUUUGCAGAGAGAAGUAUGAGCCAUUGUGGCUUAAAGGAGGAAAUCAUUGUAACUUGGAAGCUUAUCCAGAGUACUUGAAGCACCUCAAAAAGUUCAUAUCUGCCAUAGAGAAACUUCCACGUAUUGGAAAUGUUAGCGAGCAAGCUACAGAUCAACUUGAGUGUGCUUCAAAGACCACAGAUCAAAAUGCAGAGAAGGGAAGGUCAAGCACUGACCAUAGAGAGAAGUCUAGGUCUAGUACCGGGCAAAGAGAAAAAUCUAGGCUGAGCACAGACAGCAGAGAGAAAUCAAGAAGCAGCACCGACAGGAGGGAGAAAUCAAGAAGGAGCAUGGAUCGAUCUGGGAAGGCAAGGAACAGCACGGAUCAGUCAGAGAGAGCACGAAACAGCUUCGAUCGCUUAGGAGAUAUGGUGAGAUCAGUUGGAUUAUGCAAUGUAGAUUGUUUAAAGCAAGCAGCUUCAGAGGCUUGAGGUGGGAAGUCUAAAAAGUACUUGAGUUGUAAAUUGAUCCUCUGAUUCCUUGUUUGAUUGAUUGGUUGGGAUGUUUUUGGCUGAUGGGAAUGACUCCUUCCAUGGUUAUAUAUACAGAGGCAUGCAUGCAUGCAGCCUUCUUAUGUGGAGUUUUCCUUUCUCUUUCUCCUUUCUUUUUCUGGCCUGAUAUGAAUAAAACAAGCAAUAAGUAUUGCAAACUAUAAAUCUCAAUUCAAUAUGGUAAUAGUUGUACUCAUAGUUGAUGAUUUUAUUCUAAAAUCCAUUACAGCAUACUUCUUCAUUGUGAAAAUAUAUGGUAAAGGGAGCUGGAAUGUCCUCGGUAGUUACUGGUUUGCCUUAACACUCUUUUAGUUGAUAGCUUGUGCUGUGAAA